CUGCGCCCAAAUUUUGUUGAACUUUAUAGGCCCAAUUGUGAACACAACGUUGAGUUCGACUUUUCAUUGUAAAAACUAAAAAGCUUUGAACUAAAAUGGGCCAUUUGUAACCUAUUAUAGGCCUAAUAUUACACACCUUUGUCGAGUGCGACUUUUUUCACUAGUGCAUGAUGCGCCUCCUCCUACGUCGUUCAAACUAAAUCGGCGGAGACGGCUAAUAGAAUUUAUGCGGCCGUCGAAUAUCGCCGAGCCAUAAAUCCCAGAUGUUCCGGCCUCCAUCACCAUCAUCUGUAAAAUGGUGGAACUGCUCUUUUACAGAGUGUAAUCACGUAAAGGGCAACAAUCACAAUCAAAAAUCGAAGAGAAACGCAGAUGUGGAGAAUUGAGGACGGUGCACUACUCUCAACAUCGUGAACUGGAUAUGGUGGAUCAACCGACAAAAGAUCGGUCUUGUCGCCGAUUGUUUUUCUAAUUCGUUGACCUCAAACCAAAAAAAAAAAAAGAGAGGAAUUUUUUAUAGCUAGCUAAUUAGCCUAUUAUUGCGUCCGCUUUUCUUCAAGACUUUCAAGAGUAAUGGAAUUUUUGGAUAGUAGCUUGGAGAGAUGUUGACAAGGGAUGAGAUAGUUGACCUUAGAAGUUGAAUAAACCCAUAAGUCGUUGACUUUCUAUAUAAAUAAUAGUAUAAGUAUCCCACAAAAUGCUUUCUUCUUUUGGAUCAUGUCUUGUUUUCUUUGUAAUAUUACAAAUAAGGUAGACUUGAGAAACCCCUUACAAAUUAUAAGGGUUUUUUAUCUGUUGAAUUUGAUGCUUCCUUUUUUCUGAUGGGAAAGGAAAAACAAAGAAGAUACCACUUACCAAUCUAUAUCUCAAGCAUUGUGGAGUUGGUUCUGCAAGCAUUUGGAAAUAUUGAAGUUGGGAAAAGCCUUCCCUGAGCCCUCCAGCAUCAAGUCGUUGCUUCGGCUGACGAAUAAGGCGCCAAAUUAUCAAUAUGGGAAGGUCUGAUCUGGAUUUUGACCGUCAGAAGAAAGACGCAAGCUCUAGGAUGUUUUAUGCAGACGAAACCGGGCGUACGCACUCUCUCGAUUUGUCAACUCUCUUCAAUGACACAAGUGAAACUGUGCCAAUGGGUCCAAAGACCAUCGCCGCUGUAAGAGCAGGUGAUGAAACUUACCUGAGAGAUAUGAAAUUUGAUGUUAACAUUGCUUUAAGCUCAGUGAACGAUCAUGGGAAUACAAUGCUUCAUCUUGCUGCAGCCGCGGGUCACACCGACUUAGUGUGUUAUAUACUCAAUGCGUACCCAGGUCUGCUUAUGAAGUCAAAUUCCAUGGGGGAAGUUGCUCUCCAUGUUGCAGCAGGUGCAGGCCAUCUCGCUGUUGUUGAGGCUCUGGUUAGUUUUAUCAAAGAUAUAUCUUGUAAUAAGCCUGGUGUUGCCAAAAAGAUAUACUUUGCCAAGGACAGACACCAAGACAAUGCUUUACAUGUCUCUUUAAAAAGAAAACAUUUGAAGGUGGCUUCCUGUUUGGUUUGUGCAGAGCAAAGUUUGUCUUUUGUAGCAAACAACGAUGGGGUUUCUCCCUUGUAUUUAGCUGUUGAAGCUGGACAGGCUGAUCUUGCAAAAACAAUGUGGCAACAUUCAAAUAAUGGAUCAAGUAGCACAUCUACUUUAGCUUCAAAGAUUGGAGGAAGAUCCAUAGUACAUGGCGCGAUGAAGGCUAGGAGAAAAGAUAUUCUUGUUGCUAUACUUAGUGAAGAUGCAAGUCUUAUUAACUUUAGAGAUGAAGGAAGGACUUGUCUUUCUUUUGGAGCAUCCUUAGGGUAUUAUGAAGGGUUUUGCUAUCUGUUAGACAAGGCUCUAGACAGUGUUUAUGUCAGUGAUGAUGAUGGGUCCUUUCCAAUUCAUAUGGCCGUGAAGUAUGGUUAUGUCAAAAUUCUCAAGGCAAUUCUUAAACGUUGUCCAGACGCACUUGAGUUACUUGACAGAGAAAAUCAAAAUGUUCUUCAUGUUGCGGCAAAGAAUGGAAAAAUCGAAGUCCUCAAAUUUAUUUUAAGAUGUUGUAAGGAUAAGAACAAGGAAAAGUUGAUUAAUGAAGAAGAUGCAAAUGGAAACACGCCAUUGCAUUUGGCCACCAAAAACUGGCACCCUAAAGUUGUGAGUAUGCUCACUUGGGACAACAGAGUUGACCUGAAAACGCUGAACCAUGACGGUGUCACAGCUCUAGAUAUCGCUGAGAAAAACAUGGAUUCCAGCUACACAUUUUUUGAGAGGUUGACUUGGAUGGCUUUGAUAUCUGCUGGUGCACCAAGAGGUCCCAAACUAAUAUUAUCGACUCCAGUAACACAAAACUCAGAUGGUGGAAAGUACAAAGAUCGGGUUAAUACACUUCUGUUAGUGGCCACUCUUGUAGCCACUAUGACUUUCACUGCAGGGUUUACACUACCAGGGGGUUACAAUGGUUCUGUUCCCAACUUUGGAAUGGCAACAUUGGCCAAGAAAACAGCGUUCCAAGUGUUUCUGGUAUUCGACACCUUGGCGAUGUACUGUUCUAUCAUAACAAUAGUUGCUCUCAUUUGGGCGCAAUUGGGCGAUCUUUCUCUUAUCAUGAAAGCUUUCAACCUUGCGUUGCCACUUCUCGGACUUGCGCUUACAUCCAUGUCAAUAGCUUUUAUGGCUGGCACGUAUGCUGCAGUAAGCCACCUCCCUUUGCUUGCGUAUUUCAUAUUGGGCAUCGGCUUGAUCUUCCUCUUGGUUUUGCUGCUGAUCAUUAUUCCAUAUGUGUCCCCACAUUCUCCUACCCAACCCUUUCUUAGACACAUCUUUUACUACCCCUAUUUCCUUAUGCUUUUGGUCGCUGGUGACAACAGAAACAAGUACUAAAGCUAUCCGCGGUAAAUCACUACGCAGCUUUCUGUUUUACCAAAAUGUGUCAUGUAAGUUACGUCAGAUGUAUCGAGUAAACGUGAUUGCAUUUUUCACCAGCUUAUUAUUAGAUAUCACUAGGUUGGUGUAGUACUUUAUGUCUAGCUUGGUUAUCAACUCUGGUUAAGAGUCUUAGUAUUUAAGUCUUUCUUUGUACAUCUUUUACGAUUGAAUGAAGAUAUUUUACAAUUCUG